CGCCCACGUACGUACGUAGCCAUCGAUCACGCGACUCGAGCGCACGUUAGCAUGGCCACGUUCGAGUUCCACUCACCAACGAGAAGGCGCGAAUCGCACCAAGUCAUUUUAACUUCAAACUCCCACGCGACUCUCGCUCAUCUCCGAGUUCCGCACCAACAAUGGCGUCUCCUGCAUCGUCUUCUUCGCUGAUGUGGUUCAGGAAAGGCCUCAGGAUCCACGACAACCCCGCGCUCGAGCACGCUUCGAGAGCGUGCGAUUUCCUCUACCCGGUUUUCGUGAUCGAUCCGCACUACAUGGAGCCGGACCCGACCGCCUUCUCCCCCGGCUCGUCCAGGGCGGGCGUGAAACGGAUCCGGUUCUUGCUCGAGAGCCUGGCAGAUCUGGAUUCGAGCCUUAAGAAGCUCGGUUCGAGGUUGCUGGUGUUGAAGGGGAGCCCUGGCGAGGUGUUGAUCCGGUGCUUGGAAGAGUGGAAUAUCAACAAACUUUGCUUCGAGCACGACACUGACCCUUAUUACCAAGCACUGGAUAAUAAAGUUAAGAACUUUGCAUCUGCUGCUGGCAUGGAGAUUUUCUCCCCUGUGAGCCAUACGUUGUUUGAUCCAGCAGACAUUGUAGCAAGAAAUGGAGGAAAACCACCUUUGAGUUACCAAUCAUUUCUGAAGCUUGCUGGAAAACCCUCAUGGGAGGCUUCACCACUUUCAACCAUGCUUUCUUCUGUUCCUCCAGUUGGGGCGGUUGGAAGAUGCGAGGUUUAUGAAGUUCCUACACUGAUUGAACUUGGUUACAAUGAAGCUGAGCAGGAUGAAGUGGCCCCUUUCCGAGGUGGAGAAACUGUUGCAUUGACAAGAAUGAAAGAGGCACUCAGUAAUAAGGCUUGGAUAGCAGAUUUCGACAAACCAAAGGGCAACCCUUCUGCUUUUAACAAGCCAGCAACAACAGUUUUAUCACCCUACUUGAAAUUUGGUUGUCUCUCAUCCAGAUACUUCUAUCAAUGCCUUCAAGAUACCUAUAAGGAUGUCAAGAAGCAUACAUCACCUCCUGUUUCUCUUCUGGGGCAGUUGUUGUGGCGAGAUUUCUUCUACACAGCAGCUUUUGGUACUCCUAAUUUUAAUAAGAUGAGGGGUAACAGGAUAUGUAAACAGAUACCUUGGAGUGAUGACGAGCAACUGCUUGCUGCUUGGAGGGAAGCUAGGACGGGAUACCCUUGGAUUGAUGCUAUAAUGGUGCAGCUCCGCAAGUGGGGUUGGAUGCACCACCUAGCUCGUCAUUGCGUAGCAUGUUUCUUAACACGUGGAGAUCUGUUUGUUCACUGGGAAAAGGGACGGGAUGUUUUUGAGAGACUCCUCAUUGACUCAGACUGGGCAAUCAACAAUGGAAACUGGCUGUGGUUGUCAUGUUCUUCAUUUUUCUACCAGUAUAAUCGCAUCUAUUCUCCAGUAUCUUUUGGAAAGAAAUACGACCCGAAUGGCAACUACAUACGCCAUUUUUUACCUGUAUUGAAGGAUAUGCCAAAGGAGUUUAUUUAUGAACCAUGGAAAGCUCCCUUGAACAUUCAAACUAAAGCAAAGUGCAUAAUUGGAAGAGAUUAUCCAAAUCCAGUGGUCUCUCACGAUUCAGCCAGCAAAGAGUGCAAACGGAAGUUGGCUGAAGCAUAUGCCGCAAACCAAAGACUGAAUGGCGUGGUGAGUGAUGAGGAUAUGAAGAACCUGAGGAGAAAGCUGGAAGAAGAUCAAGAAGAGGUGCUGAGAACUACAAAGCCAAGGCGAAAACACAGCGGCUGAUUUCAGAACCAGCGUGAUUUUUCCUGCCGGCAAGGCUGGCAAAUGUAUUGUGGAUGGCGUCGUCAUGCUUUUAAAUUUAUGCUGAAGGGACUGGACUACGUUUGAUUGUAACCAGUAUAGCAUCGGACUUGGUCGAUGACUGUUGAGCUCUUCGACGCGGUAAGCUACUUGUAAAUAUUGUGUGUGAGCAGAAGUAGUUCCAUGCCACAACUCUCAGCAGCGGGAGGAACUCUCAUUUUC